CUUCCCUGGCCUGCCCCCGGAGAACAGGCAUGCAGAAGGGGCCGUGGUGGGCCUUGAGAUGGACUCCCGCCUGGACCCCCACUGCCACCUCGGGCCCUGCUCCCCCAGCCAAAGCCAGCAGAAGCUGCAGGCCCAGCGGAAGCUCAGCCUCGCCUGCGUGGUCUGCUUCCUCUUCAUGAUCGGAGAGGUCAUAGGUGGGUACCUGGCACACAGCCUGGCUAUCAUGACGGAUGCGGCCCACCUGCUGACGGACAUGGGCAGCAUGGGAGUCAGCCUCUUCUCCCUCUGGGUCUCCACGCGCCCAUCCACCAAGACCAUGACCUUCGGCUGGCACCGCUCAGAAACACUGGGAGCGCUGGCCUCCGUCCUCUCCAUCUGGAUCGUCACGGGAGUGCUGGUCUACUUGGCCUCAGCCCGCAUCAUCAGCAACGACUACGAGAUCGAAGCUUCGGCCAUGCUGGGCACCUCUGCCUGUGCUGUGGGCGUGAACAUCAUCAUGGCCUGCCUUCUGCACCAAUCGGGCUCUGCGCACGGCCACGGAUUGGGCACAGGGGGCUACGAGCGGAUUGGCGACAGUCCCUGUGGGGGCCCCCGCACCCCCCACAGCAACACCAGUGUCCGGGCUGCAUUUGUCCACGUGGUGGGAGACUUGCUGCAGAGCGUGGGGGUCUUCGUGGCGGCCACCGUCAUCUACUUCAAGCCCCAGUAUAAGAUUGCUGAUCCAGUCAGCACCUUCCUGUUCUCGGUGUUUGUGCUGGGCUCCACCUUGACCAUUCUGCGCGACGUCUUCCGAGUGCUCAUGGAAGGGGCACCACGGGGCGUGGAGUUUCAAGCUGUGAAGGAACUGCUGCUCUCCAUCCAGGGCGUGAAGGGCGCCCACAGCCUGCACCUCUGGGCCCUGACCCUCAGCCAUCACGUCGUGGCUGUGCACGUGGCCGUUGAGCCCAAUGCGGACACGGCGGCUGUUCUCCAGGAAGCCACAGCCCUGCUCCGGCACAGACUGGGCUUCGUCUCGUGCACCGUCCAGGUGGAGCGCUACCUGGAUGCCAUGGCCACCUGUCACCAGUGCCAGGACCCCCAGGACUGAGGCCGGGCCCUGCUCCGCCUCGCCUUCCACUGCCGAC